AACACUUCGCAAUCUAUUUUUUUUUAUACAGUAUCUAUUCUGAAGAACACUUAACAAAAUAUUUAAAUAAUUUCUUUUUUUAAAUAUUACAAAUAUGGGCCCUGGUAGCCUAAAUAAAAUGCUUUAAUAAUUGUAAAAUUGUUUUUUAAUCCAUAAAUUUUAUUGUGGUAAAAAGUUCGCUUGUGCUUACCCUAAACUAAAACAAGACCAAGUCAUGUCGUCUAAAUAGCCAAAAAUGAGAAAAUAUUAAUAAUUGGUUUCUUAUGAAACAUUUAUUGUGUUCUAGUUAACAUCAAGUAGUCUUAUUCCAACUAAUUACUUUUUCAUUUAAAAUUUAACUUAUAUAGUAAGUUGAUUUGAUUUUAAAUUUGUGUCUUCUUUGAAAAAUCCCCAGAUCAACAUCUUUAACACUGAAACUGAAAGUAAAUACAGUUGUUUUUUUUUAAUUUAAAUUUAAGAGUGAAAAUGCUUUAACUUUAUGACAUACAACAUGAAUAACAAUUCAUUUUUUUAAAUUAAGUUAUCUUAUAAAAAUCUGGCCGAUUUUUAAAUAAUAUUUUAAAAUUGUUUAUCAGAUAAUGUUUAAUAUUAUUCAUCUUUAUGAAUAACAUAUUAAUUAUUUCAAGAAAAAGAAUUUCCCUACAAAUAUUUGUGCCCAUAUUUUUUUCUUUCAUUUUAGGUAAGGUCUUGGUAUAAUCAUGCGUGAGUGUGUAAUGUAAAAUUUAAAUUAAUCAUAUUAAUUUUUUUUUUCACAACAGAUAAAAACAUUUGUCUUAAAGUUUGAAUUAGUAGGCUAUAUUGUGUAACCAUAAUUAAAGCUUUCAUAUAUUGUUUUUUUUUUUGUUUUUUUACACAAAUUAUUUGUGUCUCAUUAGCCUGCCCUGCGAAUACAUGUGAUAUAUACUAUACACUCUUUACUUUAUAGAGUUACUUUAAUAUUGGGAUGUUGAUCUCCAGACUCCGGAAAAUUGAUGUAUAGUAAUAGUUGUAGUUGUCAUGUAGCAACGUAGAGUGUAAGUGUAAGGCUGUAAGGGCUUGACUUAACUUUAACUUAUUAACUUCCUAUGACACUAGACUUAACUUUAGACAAUAACACUACCCUACACGUAACACGGCUAAGAAUUAAAAAAGAAAGUUUUGAUAGCCUAUUAAUUUUUAAUUUAAUAAUAUUAUAUUAAGGAAUCGUCCAUUAAUUACAUUAUCAUUAACAAUUUUAAGCAAUUUUUUACCCCCUCCACCCCCUUGUCAAGAAAUGUUAAACUUUCAAUGACGCCCCCCUCCCCAUUUCAUUAUGUCAACAUUUUCACCACACCCCCCCCCCCAAAAAAAAAGAAGGAAUUAUACUAUAAAUACGUUUAUAAAUACAUUUUUAUUGCUUAUCUAGUAUUUUAAUGACACAAAAUUGUAGGCAAAACAUUUCAUUGACAUUUCAUUACAUCUUUAGCCUUAGGCCUUAGCUUGUUUAAUCAACAAGUUAAACAGUUUUUACACUUGAAUUUUAUAAUGCAGAAUCAAUGUAAAGGUUGUUAAAGACGAAAUAUCAUUGUGGUAUAACUCCUAUGAUUAUUGUCAGUGAUCAGUAAAGCUGACAAUUAUAAAUUAUAGUAGCAUAUAAUUUCUAGCUGCUAUCAUCUUCCCAAGGAGUAGCCAGGUUUGCUCUAUCUUAACAAUGGUUUUGUCAUCCUCCCCAUGAAAAAAACCUGAAAUGACGCCCCUGGGGGGCAUAGAGUAUAGUAGUUGAAUUAUCAUUUUCAUCUUGUGGCACUGAUAUACCAGACACGUGAACAUCCUCCUCAUGUAACCUGAUUCUCAUCUAACCAUUCAGCACUUAAAAUAGAAGCAUCGUCAGUGUGAGCAAUAAUUGCCAUAAGCUCUCUCUCUCUCCUUGCAGCUACUCCCUAUGUUCGAAUCCUUUUUUUUGAGAAGCAGGUGCUAAUUUCUUAUGUGCAUUGUCGGUGCUGUUGAACAUGUUGUAUCGUGCUAUAUAAAACCACUAAUAAUUGUUUUUUUCAUAUUUGAAGGCCCAUGAUCAAUUUAUUGAUCAUUUUGGCUCCUGGUUUUGAAUUCAGAGUUAGACUUCUCUUAGAUGAGUUGCCUUCCAAGGCUAAGGAGUCCCAUCCACCAGGGAUGCUUGGGAUUUUGGCUUUGGCGGCGAUUGAACUCCAGACCACCACUAUUUGGUCAGUUUAGACCACUCGGCCACCCAGCACCCUUGUGACGAAAAAUAGAUUUUACAGAUUUUGCAAAUCCGUUCAAGCAGCAAUGUUACUCACUUUAAAUCCACAUAAUUCUCAAAAUAUUGUAUUCCUACUCAUCAAUAUCAUUUAUCUUGACUGCACAUGAAGCUUGUCCUUGUUCCAUACCUGCAACAGAAUCUCACAGGUGAAGAGAGACCAACUUUUGACUUCUCUUGCACUAACAAAAUGUGCUAACAUUCUGACCAGCCAUCUGCAGUGCAGAGACAGACACACAUUAAAUAAAUCUUAUAUUGUUAAAAGCCUAAAAAUUAUAUGACUAUUUACACUCAUUUACACAUAAUUUUUUUUUAAAUAUUGUAAUAACCAGUCAAUUUUUAAUAGAGAAAACAUGAUUGUUGACGUCAACUAAUCUAAACCCCUCUCCCUCCCCAUUGUCAACAACUGUCAAACAUUUCCAAACCCCCUCCCCCCCUAUUUCAUUGACGUAAUUAAUGGACGCCCCCUAAUAUAUAUUAUUAAUAUUUUUAUAAUUAUAUUAUAUUAUAGAGCAGGAUUUAGUAAGUUAUACUAGUUAUAGUUAUAAUAUUACUGAUUACUAUUAGUUAAGUUAUAAAUUAACGUAAAAGAUAAAGUUUUAAUUUAUAUUAAUUAUAUAUAAUAAUUAAUUUAUGUAGUGUAAAGUCUGACACAUUUGAUAAAGUUGAGACUUUUUUUUAGUUUAGUAUAGUAUAGUGAUCUACACUACACAGAGCUUCUGCCUAGUUACUAGUAAGUUAUGACUUAUGAGCAGGUGCUAAAUCUUAAAUGAUUCAAUAAGUCAAGUAUAACUUAGUAUAUAGUAUAGUCUAAGUCAAGUAAAAGCAGGUGAAUCUUAUUUUUUCCUGACUAAAUAAGUCCUAAUCCAAUUGCAGAAUAAUUUCCACUGAUAUAAAUCUGGAAAAUUUUAUGGUUUUGAAAUAGAUGUACUGUACAGUUCAGUGGUACAGUGAUCUUGUUAGAAUCAAGAUUUUAAUCCUCUUGAGAUGGAGCCUUUUUGGGCUAUCUGUGCCAAAAAGAUGGAGCCCUUUUUCACAAACCCUGCACUUACGUUUAAACAAAUUUAUAAAAAAAUAAAACUAGUUACUUUACAAAUAUAAAGCUAUAUAAAUAUAUUUUUUUCUUUGAGAGUUUGGGUUCCGUACACCACAAGGUUUUGCAGGACAUUUUCUUUUCAGCUAUAACUUAAUUAUAAUCAAUUUUAACAUUCUCAAUUGAAUUUCAGUUACAAUUCCUAAAGGGCAAUGGGAUUUCACAGAAUUAAUAUCAUGUAUCAUGAUAAUAAUAUAGCUCACACGACUUCCGGUCCACAUUGAGUGACUUUGAGCUGACAGGGUUAACAAGUAAAUUGAAUAUUAUUUGUAUUAAAGAAAUUACAAAUAUUUAAUUUAAAUAUCUCACGCAGAAUGAUUACAUUUGAGAACUUGAAGGAAUGUAAUAUUACAAUAUAUUAUGUAGUUGAUAACUUAAUCAUAAAUUAUAAUACAGUAUCAUCUUUUUUUUUGUUUCUUUCUUUACCAGGACUUUAGAGCCAUGACCCAAGAAAAUCUACCCAAGUCCUCUGCAUCCUCUAGUACCGGUAACUCAAAAUCUCACAGUCAUAGUUUACUGAGUGAAAUUGAGAAUUUGAGUCAGACUUAUCCAAAUACAAAAAAGUUACCAACCAAUAGCCCAGAUGGUUCCUUGACAGUUUUAGUCCAACCUUUCUAUGAAAAAAAUCUGUUUCUUAGAUUUCAGCUCACUGCCCAAUAUCCAGAACUGCAACCAGCUAUUUCCAUCAGUUCUGACUGCCUGACAAAGACAGCAACUAAUGACCUGAUAAGGUUAUUGGAAACAAAAGCUUCUGCAUUGAAAGGCCAACCGAUGCUCCUAACUUUAGUCAGUGAAGGUUACCGUUUAAUGAAAUCUGAAGAAACGCAGACAAAGACUGAGGUGAACAAAAAUAAAAAAUACAAAAGACAUAAAAAUGUAAGAGACGCUGAAAUUGGUCAAAAAAGCUUCAACGGAGAGAACAAACCAUCUGAUAUAGACAUAAAUGAGAAGAGUUACAUUGGAGUUUUAGGAGAUAAAAGGGGGGAAUCAAGCUAUCAACAAGAAAAAUCUGGGAAUAAGAAACCUGCAAGACCAACUCAUUUUAUUGCAGUGAGAAUAACAAAUGAAGCCAUUGUUAAGAAUUUGGAACAAGUUCAAAAACAAUUGGUUUAUAAGGAACCUCUUCUUGCCAAAGGUGUGUUUCAAAAAGAAACUUUUCACUUAACUUUGUGUACACUUGGGCUCGACACGCCUGAACAAAUACAACACUGCAUUGCAUCUCUAGAACAGUUUGAACCCGACCUUAAGUCUUCAGUACCCCAAACACCUUUGAUGGUGUAUAGCAUGUCACAGUUUUACAACAGAGCAAUCUAUGCCAAAAUUAAAGAAACAGAAGACUUGACAAAGUUUCAGAAAUUGCUAAGAGAAAAGAUGAUUGCUUUUGGUGUAGAAAUCAGAGAUGAACAUGAGGGCUUUACACCACAUGUCACCAUUAUCAAAGUCAAAAGGCCUGAAAGGAAACUGUUUGGUAGCAGGAACAUACAGCCCUCGAUUUAUUCACAUGUGAUCCAUACAACAUUUGGAGAACAGCCUGUGGAAAGUCUGUUCCUGUGUACAAUGGAUGGUCAGAGACGGAGUGAUGGGUUCUAUGUAACUCAUUAUGAAAUCAGUUUUCAGUCAACUUGAAUAAAUGGAAAACCUCCAUUUAACCUUUUUUUUUUUUUUUAAUACUGUUACUAAAAAAAAAUCCUAACAUUCAAAAUCUAC